AUGCUGUUUUACAUAUUCCAUACUGUAUACUCAAUCUCCAUAGAGCCUAUAUUUGUUGACGGAAUUCUAUCAAAAAUCGAUUUAGCAUUUCCAUAUGAUACUGUGAUAACUGAUAUACACCUUAUUGUUGAAGAGAAAAUAGAAAAAGUGAUACCUUUAGAGAAAGUCCUGAUUAAAAAUCACUAUCCAUGUAGAUUAGCAGAAAAGCUUUGUAAAGAGAUAAACGGCUACAAAGAUUACGCAAAGGCUUUCUGCCUAUUGAAAACAGCUGAACACGAAAAAAGAGCAAAGUUCAUUAAGGUCCUAUGCAAAAUAGCAGCGAAACAGAAUUUAGAAGAAGCGUCUGAAGAAAUAGCAACCUGGCUUCUACAUAAGCAGUUUGAAUUAUUGAUAAGUGAGUUUGGAGUAAAACAAACAACCAGUUUUAGUCUUAAAGCAAAAUUAUACAAGUGUGACUCAAUUAACGACUACAGGUAUUUGGAAACAGAACUGUACAAAUUAAAGCCACAGGAAAAACCAAUAGAAGCAAAUACCAAACCUAUUGUAAUAGAUGCUAGACCUGAGCAAAAGAAAUUUAUAUUCAUAGAACACAUUUCUGAUUUUAAAUCAGUGGAUGAAUAUAUCGAAAGAAAAAAGAAACAGAAAAGGUACAGAAUUAGUAGAAUGAAGCAACCGACAAAACGAGGCCUGGAAUCAUUUCUGGAUAGAAACAUAUUCAACCUCAAGGAUGAAAUAGAUAUCAGAAGGUAUUUGUUGAUAGCAAUCAUGGUAUUGACUUGUAUUAACAUGCUUCUUAUUUAUAUUUGCACUAGGAAGACUAAUAAAUAA